UUCAACAUGCAGCAGCAGCAGCAGCAGCAGAAGUAAGCGUCAGAACAACAGUGUUGAUUCUGGUUCGAUUUCGCCACUGCGAUUCGUUCUCUCUUCCCUGCAUCUGCAUCACUCAGCUUUCUAGGGUUUCAACUCGACGAUGGCUUCUUCCCCUGCUCAAUUCGAAGAACAACAGGAGUUUGAUUUUGGCGGCGAAAUUGCUGGAGCGCGCUCAGGUAACAAGAGGUCAUCUCCUGAAUUUGAUGGUGGAGAUUUCGAUAAGGAUCACAAGAAGGUGAAAUUGGUCAAACCGAAUGGUGAAGAAGCUUCUUCUGGUGUCACCACUGGAAUGAUCUUGACUCUCCGUGACAGUCUUCAGAACUGUCAGGAUACGCUUGAGGCAUGCCAGAAUGAACUUGAUGCUGCAAGAUCUGAGAUUCAGAAGUGGCGCACUUCAUUUCAGAAUGAACCUUUCAUACCAGCUGGGGUCCCUCCUGCUCCCAAAUUGGUGAUUAAUUAUUUUCAAGCUCUUAAGUCAAAUGAAGAGUCUUUAAGAGACCAGCUUGAAAAGGCAAAGAAAAAGGAAGCUGCAUUAAUUGUAACAUAUGCAAAACGGGAACAAGAGAUAGCAGCGUUGAAGUCUGCUGUACGGGACUUGAAAGCUCAACUCAAGCCAGCAUCAAUGCAGGCAAGGAGGUUGUUACUGGAUCCAGCGGUUCAUGAAGAGUUCAUACGAUUAAAGAAUUUAGUUGAGGAAAAGGACAAAAAAGUAAAGGAGCUGCAGGAUAACAUUGCUGCUGUUAAUUUUACUCCCCAAAGCAAGAUGGGGAAAAUACUCAUGGCAAAAUGUAGAACCCUGCAAGAGGAAAAUGAGGAGAUCGGGAAUCAAGCUUCUGAGGGCAAGAUCCAUGACUUGGCAAUGAAACUUUCAUUGCAGAAAUACCAGAAUGCAGAACUCAGAAGUCAAUUUGAAGGUUUGCAGAAGCGUUUGGGUGGAUUGACAAAUGAUGUGGACAGAUCCCAUGAAACGCUUUUUAUGUUGCAAGAGAAAUUAGAAGAGAAGAAUCAGGAGAUCCAAAGACUGAAAGCUGAGUUGCAACAAGAAAGCUGCAUGGAGAACGGGAGCACAGAAGCAGCAGCUAAUGGGAAAGAUAAUGGUGAGAUGAUACCUGCGGAAGACGCUAACUAAUAUCACUAACUAGACUAAUAAAAUUUUGUCGGGAGCGGUUGAUUCAAGUUUUCAUGGAUAGUUGUAUGUUAUUGUGUCAAAUGUGCAAUUGUGAAUGUGCACAAGGACUUAUCUCAGUUGUCCAUAUGGAAUUUAAACGGUCGUUGCUUCUAUGGUGCUGGGGAUGAUGAUCAUAGCUUUUUAGAUAUUUAUGCCAAUACUUUAAUAAAUUGGAAAUUUUGGUUAGAAA